CGCAUGCACGUGGUGGUUGCGCCGAUGAAGAAUUACGGGGCGGGGCUGGCCGCAACCACAAACGGCACCAAUCACGUCCGCUACCUGAUCGGCCCGCAGGCACUGCGCCUGUCGACCGAUGCGCCUGUCGGCUACGUCCUCGAAGGGCGCAGCUACCGCGUGGAGAGCGACCAGCAUUUUUUCCUUGGUCCGGACGAACCCUUCGUCGGCAAUAUCCGCGACGAGGUGCGCCGGAUGGAAGCGAUGACCGCGCGUUACUGGCGGCACUGGGUACGCGGCCUG